AGUUGUCCGCGUGCGCAGGCGGAAGUCCCGGAUUGAGGCGCCGCCAUUUUUCCUGCUCGGACGCGGAGCGAGAAGCCGAGAGAGUCGGAGACGCUAUCCGCUUCCAUCCGUCGCGCAGACCCUGCCGGAGCCGCUGCCGCUAUGGAUGAUCGGGAGGAUCUGGUGUACCAGGCGAAGCUGGCAGAGCAGGCCGAGCGAUACGACGAAAUGGUGGAAUCAAUGAAGAAAGUUGCAGGGAUGGACGUGGAGCUGACAGUUGAAGAACGAAACCUUUUAUCUGUUGCAUAUAAAAAUGUGAUUGGAGCCAGAAGAGCAUCCUGGAGAAUAAUCAGCAGCAUUGAACAGAAGGAAGAAAACAAGGGGGGAGAGGACAAAUUAAAGAUGAUUCGGGAGUACCGGCAAAUGGUUGAAACUGAGCUCAAGUUAAUCUGUUGUGACAUUCUGGAUGUACUGGACAAACACCUCAUUCCAGCAGCUAACACUGGCGAGUCCAAGGUUUUCUAUUAUAAAAUGAAAGGGGACUACCACAGGUAUCUGGCUGAGUUUGCCACAGGAAAUGACAGGAAGGAGGCAGCAGAGAACAGCCUCGUGGCUUACAAAGCUGCUAGUGACAUUGCGAUGACAGAACUUCCUCCAACGCACCCCAUUCGUUUAGGUCUUGCUCUCAACUUUUCCGUAUUCUACUAUGAAAUUCUUAAUUCCCCUGACCGUGCCUGCAGGUUGGCAAAAGCAGCUUUUGAUGACGCAAUUGCAGAACUGGAUACGCUGAGUGAAGAAAGCUAUAAGGACUCUACGCUCAUCAUGCAGCUGCUACGUGAUAACCUGACGCUGUGGACCUCAGACAUGCAGGGCGAUGGUGAAGAGCAGAAUAAAGAAGCGCUGCAGGAUGUGGAAGAUGAGAAUCAGUGAGACGGAAAAAGCCAACAAGAGAGACCCUCUCUGACACCCCCUCCCCUUGGAAGUUCCCCAUUGUCACUGAGAACCACCAAAUUUGACUUUCACAUUUGGUCUCAGAAUUUAGGUUCCUCCCCUGUUGUUUUUCUUUCUUUUUCUUUUUUUUCUCCCCUCCCCUUUUUUAAAACAAACAAACAAACAGUUUUCAGAAGUUCUUAAGGCAAGAGUGAAGUUCUGUGGAUUUUACUGGUCCCAGCUUUAGGUUCUUUACGACACUAACAGGACUGCAUAGAGGCUUUUUCAGCAUUACUGUAUUGUCUCCGGCCACAUGUGACAAGAUCAUCAUUAGAAAUGGAAAUGACAUUUGAAAGCCAUUAGACUUCUAGGUGAUGCAUCUAAGAAAGAUUAAUCACACAAUAGAGGCAUAUGCGCUGUCAUUUUUCCUUUUUUUAAUUGUUAAAUUGAAUUUUAUACCAAUGUUUAAACUUAAAUUGGGUGUUAGCUUGAGGUGUUUUGGGGGAGUUUGUUGUAAUGGUUUUGCUGUAAACUGUGUUUGGAACUCUGCUGAAGUGUUGCUGAAAAGCAUGGUGCUGGUAACAGUUCAACAAUCCGUGGCUGCUCAUUCUUGCCGACUCCUCCCCCUCUGAAGCAGGUUAGCAUUGAAGGUGGUAUGGAAGCCUGCAUGCGUGUUCAACUCUGUUCCUCCUCCCUCCUCCUCAGCCUCCCUCCUCCCCUCCUCCUUCGCUCGCUCAACCUCUUUUGUUCAGUAUGUGUAACUUGAAGCUAAUUUGUACUACUGGAUAUCUGACUGGAGCCACAGAUACAGAUCUGUAUUGUUCUUACUGAAACACAGCAUGGAAUUAACAUUAAACUUAAAUAAAACAAACCUAAAUUAAAAAUGCCAAAUAUAUUAUGCCUCCAUCCUUUAUACUUCUAAAAUAAAAUCUCUAGUCCAAACAUAUUUGACAGUAUUGUUUGUCUGAAUGUGAAAUAUCCCCCAUUUUAUCCCAUAAAUCAUUUGUUUUCCAAUGAUGUGUAUUUGGGGGGGAAGGGGGGAUUGCUUGUAAUCUGGUGUUGAAUAACCAAGUCAGUAAUUGUCCUGUCUUUCAAACCAGUUAGCAACACAAUAUUUAUGUUUAAAUUUAUCAUUAAAGUACAACAGUCAUUUAA